AUGUCCGGACACGUCCCGAAGAGAGGUCUUGGGGACUUCCCCAGCCUGGGUGCCGAAGCUAUUAUGAGUGCUGUGCGUUUCACGGCCAAACAGGUCCUAGAACAUAUAUUUUCCAUUGACUCUGACUGCGACGAGGAAGCGGAGGAGGAAGCGUCCGAAGAAGAAGACGGGGAGGAAUACAACCCAGAGGACGAGGAGACCACCGAGGACGACGACGACGACUACGACGCCGCCGACGCCGACAAGGACGACGCCCAAGUAGAAGAAGGCCAAGGCGUAGAAGAAGGCCAAGGCGUAGAAGACGAACGAGACGAUGACGACGACGACAACGACGAUGACGACGACGACGACCAAGAAGAAGAAGAAGGAGAAGAAGAACAAGGGGAAGGUGAAGGAGAGCGAGGAGACCGCCGCCGCCGCCGCCUCAGCCCCCGACCACAACACGAUAUCCCUCGAGUGGAAAGAGAGACAUUCGUGUCGAGAAACGGCCAAAUCCAAUGGUGCUCGGUGCCCUGUGACAACAAUUGGGGCGUCAGAGGGGCCGCCGCAGCGGCAAAAAGUAACAGGCUGGUUGCUGAGGUGCCGGAGGACAUGAGGCCCGGGCCUACUAGGCAGGCCGUAGGCCAAGCCCGCGACAUCCUCUCCACGUUCUGCCUGUUUUUCACACUGGAGAUAGAAGACAUCAUCCUGGAGAUGACCAAUCUGGAGGGCGUUCGAAAAUACAGAGCCCGAGGCGACGGCGACGGCUGCCGCGACGACGACCACCGCCACUACGCCGACGACCACGAAGACCACGACCGCGACCGCUGCUGGAAAGCGAUGGACUCCACCGACCUGCGAGCCUACGUAGGGCUGCUCAUCCUAGCCGGCGUGUACAGGUCCCGAGGCGAAGCAGCCUCUAGUCUCUGGGACGCCGAGAGCGGGAGGACCAUUUUCCGCGCAACCAUGCCGCUCAAAGUCUUUCAUGCUUACUCUAGACUCCUUCGCUUCGACGACCGCCAGACCAGAGCCGAGAGACGCGCAGCAGGUGGCUGUGACAAACUUGCGGCCGUGAGAGAGGUCUGGGACAAGUGGGUUGAGAGGCUGCCGCUCCUCUACAACCCCGGGCCCGACGUGACGGUGGACGAGCAACUGGUCCCUUUCAGAGGUGGGCCGGGCCAACAACACCAUACAAGAGCACAACAACACCGUACACAACACGCUAAUACUAAUUCUCUCUCUCUCUCUCUCUCUCUCUCUCUCUCUCUCUCUCUCUCUCUCUCUCUCUCUCUCUCUCUCUCUCUCUCUCUCUCUCUCUCUCUCUCUCUCCUCCAGGCCGAUGUCCUUUCCGCCAGUAUAUUCCAAGCAAGCCGGCCAAAUACGGCAUCAAGACCUGGGUGGCCUGCGACUCCAAAUCCAGCUACGCCUGGAAGAUGCAGGUCUACACCGGGAAGGCCACCUGCGGAGGCCCCGAGAAGAACCAGGUGAUGAGGGUCGUGCUCGAUUUGACGCAGGGACUCAGGGGUCACAACGUCACCUGCGACAAUUUCUUCACCUCAUACGAGCUCGCGCGCCAGCUCCUGAGGAGGAACGUCACCGUGGUCGGCACAGUCAGAAAUAACAAGCCAGAGCUCCCGCCGGCGCUGCUCGCCUCAAAGGACAGGCUCCUCUUCUCCUCCAAGUUCGCCUUCACGCCCACCACCGCUCUAGUGUCCUACCUGCCAAAGAAAAACAAGAACGUCUUACUCCUGAGCACGCUGCACACCGAGGCUCACGUUAGCCGUCGCCAGGACAAGAAGCCGGCCAUCGUCCUAGACUACAACAGCAACAAGGGAGGUGUGGACAACCUAGACAAGGUGAUUGGAACCUACAGCUGCAGGAGGAUGACCGCCCGCUGGCCCCUGGUCAUCUUCCACAACAUCCUUGACGUGUCCUCCUACAACACUUUUGUCAUAUGGCGAGAGCUCAACCCUACUUGGAUGCCUGGUAAGCGAAACAAGAGGAGGGUGUUCCUCGAGCAGCUGGGAAAGGCACUAGUGACUCCGUUCAUACAAAGAAGGGCCCGUCUCCCUCGCACCGAAGCCUCUGCGGCGCUCGUCAAAGCUGUUCAGAGGGCUACGUAUCGUGAUCAGCCCCGGGAUCAAGGCCCCACCGCAGCGGCCCACGCACCGAACAAUGCAUCGGCCCAAGCACCCGACCCCGCACAACCCAGUAAAUGGAAGAGGUGUCAGGUCUGCCCCACAAAGAAGGACUGUAAAACACACACUGUGUGCACCAGGUGUAACAAAUACAUCUGCAAAGGCUGUUCGCACGCAUACUGUCCCACAUGUUCCAAUUGGGCCUUUAGUGAGAGGGGGACAGUUCGACCCGGAGGGCACGGCGUGUGUACAGAAUACCAGGAUAACGGGAGGGUUAUUACGAAGUUAAAUAACUAAAAUAUAGUCGUUGCAUAAGUAUUCAGCCCCUUUGUUAAGGCAAGCUUAAUUUGGCUUAUCAAACCACAUAAAAAGUUACAUGGACUCACUCGUGUGAAAUAAUAGGGUUUGACGUGAUUUUUAAACGACUAACCCUUCCUCUGUCUCCAAUACAUCUGUAAGGUCCCUCAGUCAAGUAUUGAAUUUCAAGGACAGAUUAAACUACAAAGACCAGGGAGCUUUUCGAAAGCCUCGUAAAAAAGGACAGUGAUUGGCAGAUGGGUAAUACUAACAAAUCAGACAUUGAAUAUCUCUUUAAGCAUGGUCUGGUAAAUAAUUGUAUUAAACCACCCAGACACCUCAAAGAUACAGUCGUCCUUCUGAGCUGAGCUGCAGGACAGGAAGGAAACUGCUCAGGGAUGUCACCAUGAGACCAUUGGUGAUUUUAAAACAGCUACAGAGUUCAAUGGCUGUGAUGGGAGAGAACUGAGGGUGGAUCAACAACAUUGUACUGACUCCACAAUAAUGAACUAAAUGACAGAGUGAAAAGAAGAACACAAAUAAACUAAAUAAAAAAUAUUACAAAACAUGCAUCUUGUACGCAUCUACGACACUAAAGUAAUACUGCAAAAAAGCAUGGUAAAGGAAUACUAUUUUUGGCAUAAAUGCAAAGCCAUGUGUUUGGGGCAAAUCCAAUCACUGAUUAACUGCUUCCUUAUUUUUAAGCAUGCUGGUGGCUGCAUCAUGAUAUGGGUAUGUUUGACAUCGGCAAAUACUGGGGAGUUUUUCAGGAUAAAAGUAAACGGGAUGGAGCUAAGCACAGGCAAAAUCCAAGAGCAAAACCUGCUUCAGUCUGCUUUACACCAGACACUGGGAGAGGAAUUCACCUUUCAGCAGGACAAUAACCAACGACACGAGACCAAAUCUACACUGGAGUUGCUUACCAAGAAUACAGUGAAUGUUCCUAAGUGGCCAAGUUACAGUUUUGACUUAAAUCUGCUUGAAAUACUAUGGCAAAACGUAAUAAUUGCGGUCUACCCAUGAUCCCCAACAUUUGACAGAGCUUGAAGAAUUGUGAAAAGAAUAAUAGGCAAAUAUUGCAUAUCCAUAUGUAUGGACUCAGGGAGCUGAAUACUUAUGCAAAACUAUAUUUGAUUUAUUAGAUUUUUUAUUAAUCUUAAAAAUAUACACUACCGUUCAAAAGUUUGGGGUCACUUAGAAAUGUCCUUGUUUUCCAUGAAAACAUACAUGAAAUGAGUUUGAAUAGGAAAUAUAGAAAAAUGCAUAGGAAAUGUAGUCAUUGACAAGGUUAGAAAUAAUAAUUGUGUCCUUCAAACUUAGCUUUCGUCAAAGAAUCCUCCAUCUGCAGCAAUUACAGCCUUGCAGACCUUUGGCAUUCUAGUUGUCAAUGUGUUGAGGUAAUCUGAAGAGAUUUCACCCCAUGCUUCCUGAAGCACCUCCCACAAGUUGGAUCAAGCUGUUCCCACAACAGCUCAAUAUGGUUGAGAUCCGGUGACUGUGCUGGCCACUCCAUUAUAAACAGAAUACCAGCUGACUGCUUCUUCCCUAAAUAGUUAUUGUGUAGUUUGGAGCUGUGCUUUGGGUCAUUGUCCUGUUGUAGGAGGAAAUUGGCUCCAAUCAAGUGCCGUCCACAGGGUAUGGCAUGGCGUUGCAAAAUGGAGUGAUAGACUUCCUUCUUCAAGAUCCCUUUUACCCUGUACAAAUCUCCCACUUUACCACCACCAAAGCACCCCCAGACCAUCACAAUGCCUCCACCGUGCUUGACAGAUGGCAUCAAGCACUCCUCCAGCAUAUUUUCAUUUGGUCUGCGUCUCACAAAUGUUCUUCUUUGUGAUCCGAACACCUCAAACUUCGAUUCGUCUGUCCAUAACACUUUUUUCCAAUCUUCCUCUGUCCAGUGUCUGUGUUCUUUUGUCCAUCUUAAUCUUUUAUUUUUAUUGGCCAGUCUGAGAUAUGGCUUUUUCUUUGCAACUCUGCCUAGAAGGUCAGCAUCCCGGAGUCGCCUCUUCACUGUUGACGUUGAGACUGGUGUUUUGCGGGUACUAUUUAAUGAAGCUGCCAGUUGAGGACCAGUCAGGCAUCUGUUUCUCAAACUAGACACUAAUGUAUUUGUCCUCUUGCUCAGUUGUGCACCGGGGCCUCCCACUCCUCUUUCUAUUCUGGUUAGAGCCAGUUUGCGCUGUUCUGUGAAGGGAGUAGUACACAGCAUUGUACGAGAUCUUCUGUUUCUUGGCAAUUUCUCGCAUGGAAUAGCCUUCAUUUCUCAGAACAAGAAAAGACUGAUGAGUUUCAGAAGAAAGUUAUUUGUUUCUGGACAUUUUGAUUCUGUAAUCGAACCCACAAUUGCUGAUGCUCCAGAUAUUCAACUAGUCUCAAGAAGGCCAGUUUUAUUGCUUCUUUAAUCAGCACAACAGUUUUCAGCUGUGCUAACAUAAUUGCAAAAGUGUUUUCUAAUGAUCAAUUAGCCUUUUAAAAUUAUAAACUUGGAUUAGCAAACACAACGUGCCAUUGGAACACAGGACUGAUGGUUGCUGGUAAUGGGCCUCUGUACGCCUAUGUAGAUAUUCCAUAAAAAAUCAGCCGUUUCCAGCUACAAUAGCCAUUUACAACAUUAACAAUGUCUACACUGUAUUUCUGAUCAAUUUUAUGUUAUUUUAAUAGACAAAAAAUAGCUUUUCUUUCAAAAACAAGGACAUUUCUAAGUGACCCCAAACUUUUGAACGGUAGUGUAUAUAUCAUUUUUCUUCCACUUUGACAUUAGACUAUUUUGUGUAGAUUGUUGACAAAAAAAAAGACAAUUAAAUCUAUUUUAAUCCCACUUUGUAACACAAUAAAAUGAAAGGAAAUCCAAGGGGUCUGAAUACUUUUGCAAGGGACUGUAAUUACCUAUUCAAGCUGCAUACUUGAGGGGUGUGUUGUAGAAGUGACUGACAGGACAAUGCUUUGUUAGGAAUGGAGGGUUGGUUUCAUUACAGCUUGUUACACACUAUCAGCUCCGGCCACACUAUAGUUACAAUAAUAAUAUAAUUUGGUGGGUGCUUAUAUUUGUCCUAUUUCACACAUGUAGUCCUACAAGUGUGUAUUAUACGCAUGUGUGAUUAUUAUUAUUUUUUAAUUGCAUAGGUGAUCCUAGAGCAUAAGCUUAAUGGCCUUGCUCAAAGGCACAUAGACAGAUUUUUCACCUUGUUGGCUCAGUGAUUCAAACUAGCAACUGUAACUGCAACCUUGCAGUUACUGGCCCACAUACAAAAGAUAUCCUAUGAUUUGUAUGGCUCUGGUAUGUAAAUCCUACUACUGUUUGGACAAAAAAACAUUUACAUUUGCACAGUAGUUGAGGUGAGCUAGGGGUGUGUUGUAACACAGAGAACUUGUCACUUUCCAAGUGAGAUGAAUAUGUGUGCGUAACCCAGCAACGGCCACUCUAUUGUUCCAAAUGGUAUCUGUGUUUUCCCCCCACAACGUACAGACAUAUUCUCUAUAGUCUAAGGACAGCAGUGUGUCUCCACAGAAACACUUGGGACCCAUCCAAAGCUAAAUAGUGUUAUCAUCUUUAUCAUCUACACCACACCACCCAGGCCUUGGUUUGGACUGCAGCUCCUACUCCCACUGCUCUGUUCCUCUGUCCUACAGGUGUGGGGCUGUGCCCUCCGCUGA